AUGCUGGACCGAACUUCCAGCUUUCAAGAUUGUCGCGAAGCGGAUGUGCCUGGGUAUAAUGAUUGCCCCACAUUUGUUUUUCAAACUGGAAAGCCACGCACAGCUAGGAAACUACUGUUGACAAGCGUAGUUGAUACUUAUGGCAAUACGAAGAAAGCGGAUCAACCGCCGCCGUCAAUUGGCAGGAACCAAGGAAACAAAAAGCACGAACCGAUGGAUGAAAUGGAGUGUGAGGCGAACGAAAAAAAUGUGAUACAAAUGUUAGAUGACCUACUAGCGCGAGAGUCUAGGUUACCGGCCCAGGAAUUUGAAUUUUACAAAAAAAAGCUCUUGAAAAAUGUGGACAAGAGCCUGGAAGACAGAAAUUGUGCUUCAAAUCUUGUCGAGGUGCUUUCAUCCGUAGACACAGAUACCGAGGGCACUAAGCGAUUGCUCAGUAGAUGGAUGAUGGCAGACGCUUCAAUUGGUAACUGGUGUUCUGCACUGCGCAAAUUAAUUGAAAAUGUAAAGCAAUAG